AUGGUGCUCAGGAAUGCCUUCUCUACCUCUGCUGAGGAGCCUCCCGUGAGGAGACACAUGGCAUACUCCAUGACUGCGGCAUCACAAGGAAGCGUGAUCCGUUCAUUGCCCAUGAAGCCAAACUCCUCCUGGGACAUCCGCAGGAGCUCUGAGAAGACCAAUGUGGUAAGGUAUGCCAGUGGAACCUCAAACCGCUUCCCAUCUGAAGUGUACAUCACGCAGUGCCCCUUGACUGCCACAGAGGCGCAGCACUCAUCGGCUUCCUUUGCCACCCCCCAGGUAACCUACUACCAUCAAUUCAAAAAUGAGAUCUUUAAUGUGGUGCAUGAUCAAGUUAUUGUUGAAUUAAACAAUCGGUUUGCUGAAAGGUCUACCCGCUUAUUGAGAUGCAUUGCUUGUCUAGAUCCAAAGAAUUCCUUUGGAAAUUAUGAUCGUGAGAAACUAAUUGAACUUGCUGAGAUUUAUGAUGUUGAUUUCUCCCAAUAUGAUCAUGAUCAGCUUCAAGGCCAACUUGAUAAUUUCAUUAGUGAUGUGAGAGAUGAUCCUUCAUUCACAUCUUGUAUUGACCUUGGUAUUCUUGCUAUAAAGAUGGUUCAAACUUAUAGGCACAUAACCUUUGCAUUGGUUUAUCGCCUCAUUGUGUUGGCCUUGACUCUACUAAUUGCAACCGCCAAAGUAGAAAGGUUUUUCUCAGCUAUGAAGGUUGUCAAGACUGAGUCUCGGAAUAAAAUGGGGGAUGACUGGUUGAAUCAUAGGAUGAUAUGUUAUGUUGUGCAAGAGGUAUUUGCAACCAUUAAAAAUGAUGACAUCUUACAUCAUUUUCAAGAAUUGAAGAUCCAGAAGAAGUUACUUAAUCUACCUAGUACUUCUGGUAUGUUACAUUCAGCCAUUUAG